GUUAUCUGUUUGAUCUCCAUUAAGAGCUCGCCCUGAUAUAUGGAAAACUUAGCAAUGUACAGGACAGGCUUUAUUUAGGUGACAGUGAAAGACUAUAUAUGAAACAAGCAUUUUGAGAUACACUGUCACAAUGAACUGGGAAACCCCAUUUUUAUUUCAAGCCACUGCUUUCUAUCAGUUAGCUGCCUUACCAUUUGCUGUCUUGUUUCAUUAUCUAUGCAGCUCUACAAACCUCUCUAUAAAUUCAAGGUAUGUUUUCCUCUUGGUUGGUGGCGUCAUCCUUGCUUGUGCUGCCAUGGGGUGCUACGCUCUGCUGGUAUUUGUAUCUGCCUUCUGCUCUCUUGCUAUAAUCCAUUCAGCUGACCUGCAGCAAGUCCACAAACGGGCAUUCUGCUUCCAGAUGACCUGGCAAACACUGUGCCAUCUUUGGCUGCAGUACAAAGAGUACUAUCUCCAAGAAACUACAUGCCCCAGAUUUUCCAUCACCCUUUCUGUUCUCAUGCUGAUGACGCAGAGGAUCACCUCACUGACUUUGGACAUCCAUGAAGGCAAAGUGAGGCUGUGGCUGCCAGAUGCAGAGAAGGGGCCUCUUGAGCGGCAUCUCCUGCAGGCACUGCCAGUUUGUACUUACCUGCUCUCUUUCCCUAUCCUGCUGGGCGGCCCUCUGUGUUCUUUCAACAGAUUUCAGACAUGGAUAAGGUGUUCCAGAAGAACCUCAUUUUCUCAGUGCUUUCUUUGGGCUGCCAUUCAAAAAGCUUUAGGUGCUCUGAUGCUUGGCCUUCUGAAAAAUAUUCUGAGAGGAUAUAUUUACUCCCAGGCUGAUCAGAAUGACUGCUCUUGCUUUGGCUGUAUUUAUGUCCUAUGGACUUCAGCCUUGUUCUUCAGGCUGACCUAUUACUCCAACUGGAUGCUUGAUGAGUCCCUCUUCCUUGCAGCUGGCUUGGGAUUAGAAUUAGACUGUGCGGGAACUGCUAAACUUAUGGAUGCAGACAUUUGGACCCUAGAAACAACUAACAUGAUUGCCGUCUUUACCCGAACAUGGAACAAGAGUACAGCUCAAUGGCUGAGGAGGCUCAUAUUCCAGCGGAGCAAGACACAUCCUCUGUGGGCUACUUUUGCCUUCUCAGCCUGGUGGCAUGGCCUCCAUCCUGGGCAGGUCUUUGGGUUCUUAUGCUGGGCUGUUAUGGUGAAAGCUGACUACUGUUUCCAUCACUUUUUCCAUUCAAUUGCAAAAUCCCAGCCUCAGAGAGUAGUGUAUCAGAGCCUGACUUGGUGUCAUACCCAGCUACUUGUGGCAUACAUUAUAACAGCUGUUGAGAUGAGAAGUGUCUCAGUACUUUGGUGGCUAUUUUUUUCAUACAAUAGUUUCUUUCCAUUAGUCUAUAUAAUUUCACUCCUCUUGUUAGCAAGGAAAAAAGUGACCAGUCCUACUGACCCUCAUUUGCAUACUUCCUGACCUUAGAAAUACAUUCUUUUGUAUUUUAAAGGAUAUGGGUAAUUGUAUACAAACUUUCAUUGCAUUCUUCAGCGAAUUUUGCAGCUUGCAUUACAGAGUUCAGUGAGUUUUUAAAAAGUCAUUAUGAAAAUCAGCAGCCUGAAUGUGAAUGAGAACCUUAUCACACGAGGUAAGUAAAUAGCAAUUGCAUCAGGAUAAUUGCAUCUGUAGUUGGAGUUUAUUUCAUGGCAUUGUUCUUGUGUUGUU